GUCCCGCGGUGCACAGCUCCAGGUCGCUGUCAGAGCCCAGCAGGUGUGACUGCGUCUGCAUGCCAACUGGCUGCUAAUCACCUGCCUGCUGCAGAUUUCUAUUGCAGACGUUUGUCUGCUGAUGAGCUCUCCUGUUUGCCAGUUUGAGUGUAUUGUCUGGGGAUCCUCUCUGUCAGAGCAAACCGGUUAGAAACAUUUGAGGUGUGCAUCUCCAGCCGACCAGCACAAUGAACUUCGAUGACAUUUUGACUAAAAUCGGAGGUUUUGGGAAGUUCCAGAAGCUCCUGUAUGUGUGGAUCUGUGUGCCUCAGAUCUUCCUGGCGUUCCACAUGCUGGUGUCUGUGUUCACCGGGGCCGUACCCCCUCAUCUCUGCCGCUCCGCUUGGCCCUCAGGGGCCACCCCCGCCACUUUGAACUUCAGCCUUCUGAGCGGGCCAGAUGGCCGACCUGAGCUGUCCUGCAACAUGGCCCUGAACCAUAGCAGCGGCGUCACCGUGGCCCCUGGCGGAGCUGCGGCCCCCGGAGGUGGGCACCCCACCGUGAGCUGCCAGGACGGCUGGGAGUACAGCAAGGAGACAUUCCAAAGCACCACUGUCACCGAGUGGGACCUGGUCUGUUCCAACUCCAGCCUCAACAACCUCGGCUCGUCUGUCUACAUGUUCGGACUCCUUGUCGGCGCUGUUUUAUUCGGUUACUUGGCUGAUAAAUAUGGUCGCCGGAUUAUCAUCCUUAUUAGUUUGGCUAUUCAAGCAACCUUUGGCGUGGCCGCUGCUUUCGCUCCCAAUUUCUACGUCUACGCAGCCCUUCGCUUCAUGGUGGGAACGUCCAUCUCUGGUGUUAUCAUGAACGCCUUUGUUUUGGGUACUGAAUGGACGGGGCUGAGACAGCGCAUGCUGGCCGGGAUUAUCACAGACUACUUCUUCGGAUUCGGGUACAUCCUCCUGGCCGGGGUGGCGUACCUCAUAAGGGACUGGCGCAAGCUGCAGCUGGCUAUAUCUGCACCUGGCUUCCUCUUCAUCGUCUACGUUUGGGUUUUGCCGAAGUCGGCCCGCUGGUUGAUGGCCAACGACAGGAAGGAGGAAGCAUGGGACGUGAUCCAGAAGGCGGCUAAGAUGAAUGGGAAGCCCAUCAGUAAGGACAUGGAGAUGUGUCAGGUUAAUCUGACUGAAGAGAAAACCGAGCUGAAGAAAAAACACUCCCUGGUUGACCUCAUUCGAACCCCGACAAUGAGGAAGCAGUCCCUGAUCGUCUUUUAUCUUUGGUUCGUCAACGUCCUGGUGUACUACGGCUUGUCCCUCAACAUUUCCGACUUCGGAAUGAACAUCUACCUGACCCAGAUGAUCUUUGGCCUGGUGGAGAUGCCGGCACGCACCAUCACACUGUUCACCCUCAACCGCUCACGCAAGUUCUCUCAGCUGGCUUUCCUAGCAGUGGGAGGUUCUGCCUGCCUGUUGACCACCUGCAUCCCCAGCAACCUACCCAUUGUCCGAACGGUCCUGGCCAUGAUCGGGAAGUUUGGCAUUACAGCCUCUCUAUCUAUCAUUUAUGUCUACUCAGCUGAAAUAUUUCCAACAGUGAUCAGGCAAAAUGGGAUUGGUAUAGGCUCCAUGUGUGCGCGGAUCGGUGGUGUCCUGGCUCCAAUGAUGUACCUACUGAGGAACAUCAAUCCUCAUGCUCCCAUGAUCAUCUCUGGCCUGUGCCCGCUGCUGGGCGCUGGGCUGACCCUGCUGCUGCCUGAGACGGCCAACAAGCCUCUACCAGAUACAAUCGAGGAUGUGGAGGGAGAAAGCCUCAGUGAUGAGGAGGAAGGUGUGAAGGCGGCCAUUUUUGAUCCAAGGAAUGGUACCAUGGACACCCCCAGCAAGGAUUAGCCUCCCAGCACUGGCUGACAUAUGUCAUGUGGCAUUCAGUAUUUUUCAGUUUACAUUUUUGAGACAUAAGUCUUUACUUCCAGUGGAAGUUUCAGUUAGACUUUGUGAUUAUGGGUCGUUACAAGCUACCCAAACUCUUUAAACAAUGACAUGUGUGAAAGUGUUUUUAUUCCUUCUUGAUCAUUUUUGUAGGUGUUUGUUUAUGGAGUAAUUUCUCUUGUUCCAGCAUGGAAAAUUUAGUGGAUAUAGGAAAUGUCAUUCUAGUACAGAUGUGUAAAAUUAUUAUCAUAAAUUGUUCCAGUGCAGCAGCAUAUCAUCACAGAAGAAUGUAGACAACUAAAAUUUCUAAUGUAAAGUGUGUUUAUUCAGCCUUAAAGUAAAUUCUCUGAGGAAUAAUUGUUUUUACAACUUCCUCAGUGGCACAAUAUUUGGACGACUCAGAUUAAGUUUGACGCUGGAAGCCACCAAACUUGAAAGCAUUGAAAGAUGAAAGCAUCUGUUCACGAUUUCUGUCUAACAAAAGUUCUCAGUGCCUUGAAACAAAAACAUGGGCCCACAGCAACACAGAGCAUUCACCGUACUUGUUACUGAAACCAAUCUGAUUAAAUCCCAGCGUACUCUACGUGUUUACGUUUUCUGAUGUAAGACAGGAAGGUUUUUUUUUUCUGGCACCUUUCCAAAACUGAUGGUUGCCAUGGAGCCAGAAUGUCACGUUUUUCUGGCUCCUUGUUCUGCCUGCCAGCUAAAAGAAAUUAGCCUUUGUGUCACAUCAUAUUUUUCCCUAGAGAAACUGAAACUCAUUGGAGUUUCUGUACUCUGAUCAAUGUAGAAAUUACUACGGUUGGAAUUUCGACAUUGUGUUUGUUGCUUUUAAUUUAAAGAGGGUUUUUUGUUUGUUUGUUGUUGCUAUUUUUAGAAUUAUCUACACAGUUGAUGGCAACAAAAAAACUCCUCGGGUCUUUCUGUGUGGAGUUUGCAUGUUCUGCCUGUGCAUGCAUGGAUUUCCACCAGGUACUCCGACUUCCUCCCACUGUUCAAAAGCAUGACUCUCAGGUUACUUAGUCUCUCCAAAUUGUUCUUAGGUGUGUGUGUGUGUGUGUGUGUGUGUGUGUGUGUGUGUGUGUGUGUGUGUGUGUGUGUGUGUGUGUGUGUGUGUGUGUGUGUGUGUGUGUUUCUGCGUUGUCCAGUGAUGGACCACUAUGUGGCCAGGUUUCUCAACGUCUCUCACUAAACCACCAUUUGAAAUAAGUACCAAUGACAAGAAUGUAGACAAUAAAUGUUUGGAGAACCAAUAAUUUUGCCACUGCUAAUUUUAUUAAAUAUAAUUAUUCCUCAUUAUGGGAUUUUUAUCCAAGUGAAUUAAUGCACUUAUAAGGGACUGUAUUUUUCAGCUUUUUUGUUUUUUUGUUUCUUUGGGGGGGUGAUAUUAUUUGGCUGCUAUAAAAGAUCAUUUCAUCUUUUUUAACACAGCUUUACAAGGCAGGGCAUUAUAUAUGGUAAGAAGUUGUACUUUGUAAAAGUUUUAUUUAAGUAUCAGGCAGUACCAGAAGUACUGCCUGAUGAUGAGUUGGUGGUGCCUGAAGCUACAUGGAGAGCAGACUUUAACUGAGCCCUUCAGUGCAAAUUGAACUGGCCAUCCUGACACACUUUCACCUCACAGCUCGGUUCUGAUUGUGUGAAAGCAGAUGGUUCUCGUCUGACAGUAUCAAUCAAAUUAUAUUUGUGCAAUUUGAUUUUCUUUUUUUUUUUUUUUUUUUUUUUUUUUUGCAUUAUUUUGUCUGAAGGUUAUAUGGUUAAAAUAAAGGGACCCAGAGACAUUUUAUUCAGUAUUGUUCUCCCAGUUUGCUGUCAGUAAUUUGUCUGUGCCUUCCUCACUAACCAUUGCUGUUAGCCUCCAGACAAAGCCAUCUCUGUGAAGAAACUGCUUUCCCAGACUGUUGUGAAGGACUUUUUCUGGCUUGCUGGGAGUUCUAACCUUCAAAGCAUCCAGCAGCUGUAGGACUUAUCAACCAGAGUUUGUUUUUUCUUUGUUUUGCCUCAUCAUGUAGUUUUGCUGAAGGGUUUGCUGCUACAUUUGCAGACCUAAAGGCCAGUUCAGCUACAACUUGCGCAUCUCUGCUGCCCCCCACUGGCCCACUUAAAGGCAGGUGGGAGUGGGAAGCGCCUCCAUGUUUACAGUGAUAACUCGCAGCAAACCAUGUCUUUGAGGAAACGCUUUCUAGUGGAUAGAGGGUGUCAACUCCUCUCUGGCAGCUCAACCAGUGUCUGAUAUGUGAAAAACGUGUUUUACAUCUCGUCCGUGCAUUUAUCAACGGUCACCUUAUUUUUCAGAUUAUAUUGUCAAUACUGUAUAUUUCUACUGACUUUGCAAAAUAAAGGUUGUCUGGGUA